AUGACCGAGUCCAGUAGCAUCUCAAGUGCAAGUUCAAGUCCAAGUAGCGGCAGUGCCAGUGCGAGUCCAAGUGUCUCCGGUGCAUCAAUCUCUUCCCCUUCGACUCUAAAUUUUGUACUAAAAGAAAACGAGUCAAAAGAAGACGUUGUGGCGUCAAUGGAUGAAGAAGAUUCCGAAGAAGAGGACAAUGGGACAGUCAAAGACGAGGAAACAAUGGACCGACCAUCUGCUUUGAAAAACGACAUAAAAAAACCAUUAUUAUCCAUUGAAGAACGAGAAAAAUUACGUAAAGAAGAAGAAAUGGUGCUUCAAGAUCAACGAGAUCGUCAAAGUAAAUCGCUUGAUCUUGUGAAACAAAAUCUGACGCUUGAUGCCGAAUGGGAAAAGAAAUCCGCCCGAGAGAAGAAAAUGGCGUUUUUAAUGGCUCAAUCGGAUGUUUUUACAUCGUUUUUAAUGGGUGGAAGUAGUGCCAUGGGAAAAGAAAUGUCUCGUUCAAAAAAAGCAGCAAAAGAAGCAGGAUCAAAACGAGGUAAAGGGAAUAAACAAGCAGAUGCUCAAGCAUUACAGGACAUGGAUGAUGCACGUUAUACACGUGUUACACAACAGCCAUCGAGUAUCAAGUUUGGUACGAUGAAACCUUAUCAAUUGGAAGGACUGAAUUGGAUGAUUCGACUUCAUGACUCUGGAGUGAAUGGCAUCUUGGCUGAUGAAAUGGGACUAGGAAAGACUUUGCAAAGCAUUUCAUUGCUUGCGUACUUGAGAGAAGCACGAGGUAUUGAAGGACCUCAUAUCAUUAUUGUGCCCAAGAGUACAGUAGGUAAUUGGAUGAGAGAACUCAAGAGAUGGUGUCCGUCUAUUAAAGCCUUUAAGUUUAUGGGCAGUAAGGAUGAACGUGCAGUGCAGAGAACGACAGUCGUGAAGCAGAACUUUGACGCUUUAGUGCUGUCAUACGAAGUGGCUAUUAUUGAAAAGGCCAUCUUGCAGAAGAUCAAGUGGAAAUACUUGCUUAUUGAUGAAGCUCAUCGAGUGAAGAAUGAGAACUCAAAGCUCUCGCGCGUCGUGCGUGAGUUUAAAGUCGAGCACCGACUGCUGAUUACAGGCACGCCGCUGCAGAAUAACCUACACGAACUGUGGGCACUGCUGAACUUCUUGCUACCCGACAUUUUCUCAGAUGCUGAAGAUUUUGACGCGUGGUUCAAUGUGGACGAAGAAGAAGGACAAGAGAACGUGAUCAAGAAGCUGCAUACGAUCCUGCGUCCUUUUCUACUGCGUCGACUGAAGGCGGAUGUAGAGCACUCGCUACCACCGAAGAUUGAGACCAAGCUCUAUGUUGGCUUGUCCGAGAUGCAACGUGAGUGGUACAUGCGUGUACUGCAUCGCGAUGCCACGCAUUUGAACGCUAUCGGUGGAAGCGAUCGUGUGCGUUUGCUCAAUAUCUUGAUGCAGUUACGUAAGGUAUGCAACCACCCUUACUUGUUCGAGGGCGCAGAGCCUGGUCCGCCGUACCAGGAAGGUCCGCAUCUUUGGGAAAACUGCGGCAAAAUGACUUUGCUGCACAAACUCUUACCGAAACUCCAAGCCCAGGGAUCUCGUCUGCUGAUUUUCUGUCAGAUGACGUCCAUGAUGGAUAUUUUAGAAGAUUACAUGCGCUACUUUGGUCACGACUACUGCCGACUGGACGGAUCCACGAAGGGUGAAGAUCGUGACAACAUGAUGGAAGAUUUUAACGCCCCAGGCAGCACCAAAUUCUGCUUCUUGCUGAGUACUCGUGCUGGUGGUCUUGGCAUUAACUUGGCUACGGCUGAUAUCGUGAUCCUGUUCGACUCGGACUGGAACCCUCAGGUGGAUCUUCAGGCCAUGGAUCGCGCACAUCGAAUUGGACAGACAAAAAUUGUGCGCGUGUUCCGUUUCAUUUCGGAUGGCACUGUAGAAGAAAAGAUCGUAGAGCGUGCUGAGCGUAAACUGUACCUCGAUGCUGCUAUUAUUCAGCAGGGUCGACUGGCGCAACAGAACCGGAAGCUCUCGAAGGACGAGCUGAUGACGAUGGUGCGCUUUGGCGCCGAUGAAAUUUUCAACGCACGCGGAUCAAUGAUCACGGACGAUGAUAUCGACGCUAUCCUGGCUCGGGGUGAAGAACGCACUGAGUCCAUGAAGGGUAAGAUUGCUGCUGACAUGCAGCACAGCUUGGCGAAUUUCUCUUUGGCAGGCGAUAAUGGCAACGCUAGUGUCUCCAGCCUCUAUGAGUUCGAGGGUGAAGUGUUUUCAAAGGACACAAACAAUGGAGACAUUCUGCCUUCAACAUUCAUUGCUCUUCCUCAGCGUGAACGCAAAUCUAACUACAAUGAAGACGAGUACUAUCGCCAGCAGGCGGGUUUGUCGAAGCCCAAGAAGGCUAAAAAAUCUGGCUCGGACGCUGCAAAGGUUCCCGUUGUCCAUGACUACCAGUUUUUCCAGCAAGAGCGCAUGGUAGCACUGCUCACGAAGAAGACUCACGUCGAAAAUCGCCGGAAGGAACUUACCCGACUGAUUAAAGAAGCCAAAGCUGAUGAGGCACGUGCUAAAGCUCGCAAGGCGAAGCCUGCUGAGGGCGAAGAGUCAGCGGAGAACUCAGCAGAGGAAGAGGAAGUUGAUGAUUCGCGCUCUGCGGCUCUCGAGAAGGAGCUGAAUGAGACGGAGAUGGAUGCUAUGGAUGCGAAGGAGCUGGAAGAACUUGAGAAGGAGGGGUUCGGUGAUUGGACUCGUCGUGACCUUAAGCAGUUUAUCACUAGUUGUGAGCGCUACGGUCGUGCUGACAAGGCACGUGUGUGUGAGGAAGUUUCGCUAGUCCUUGGUAAAAAUCCUGCACAGGUGGAACGAUACUACGAGACAUUCUGGUCUCGCUUUACGGAGCUUAAGGACCACGCGAAGCACAUCGAGAAGAUUGAGCGAGGUGAGAAGCGCCUGGAACGCAACGAAGUAGUGAAACAGGCUUUGGCGCGUAAGUGCAGCCGGUACAGCCAUCCGUUGCGUGACAUGCGGUUGCAUUACCCGGCCGGAUAUAAGAGCAGAGGCUAUAUCCUGGACGAAGACGUGUUCCUUGUAGUUAUGAUGAACAAGUACGGUCCGUUGGAGCACUGGGGUGAGAUUCGCGACGAGAUCCGUAAGGCAUGGCAAUUUCGUUUUGAUUGGUUUUUCAAGUCGCGCACCAUUGGCGAGCUUCAGAAGCGCGGUGAGGUGCUGACUCGCAUGAUAGAGCGCGAGAACGACGAGCUCAAGAGUCGCACUAGCAAGGAUGAGGACGACCUUGCAAAGAAGGCGAAAAGAAGCAGCUCUUCGAGUUCCAAGUCAAAGAGCAAAAAUAGCAGCAGUCGUAGCAAGACGUCAAGCUCCAGUUCGAGUAAGAAGCGUAGUAGCUCGUCCAAGCCGUCGUCAUCAUCUUCUGCUAAGAGACAGCGUUCCAGCUAA